AUGCUACCGAAACUGUCGCGCCUGUUCAAAGACCACCUGAAGUUGUCCGUGCAAACGACUGACGAAACCUGGAUGUACGUCAACGGCUUCCCGCUCGUUGAACGCUGGCACGUCUUGUACAGGAACUACGAAGAAGACCCUGUAUUUGGCACUGAUAAGUGUAUAAGGUUUUAUCAGGAGGAUUCGGAAAGCAAUGGUGAAUAUCCGAUUACCUUCGACAAUGGACAAGACACUGAACCUGUCCAUGGGAAGGCAAAGCUUGAACCCUCAGAAGGAUAUACCGUAAUGAAUCGGGUUCUUGUUUUUUCCGAAGGCCAAAAAGACCCGCUGACCGUGUACACGUCUUACAUGGACCCGGAUGCAAAGUGCGGUGUCACGAGGAGCACAUACGCUAGCGACACUGCAUGCAUUGUCGCAGUUCCCGAGAGUCAACUUGGAAAACAAUUUACCGCUUGUGAUUUUAUAUACAACCUACUAUGCGGUCCUGAGAAAUUUCCAAUUCAUGACGACAGCUGUUAG